UACCAGAGCAGAAGAGUUAUGGGUGAAGCUGACGCGUCUCCCACAGAAGAGAAACAUGAAGAUUCGGGGAUUUAUCCUGCCGAGGACUCUGUCACAUGGAGCCAGGAGGUGGAGGUGUGCCUUUUCCAUGCUAUGCUGGGACACAAGCCUGUAGGCGUUAAUCGGCAUUUUCACAUGAUUUGCAUUCGAGAUAAAUUCUGCCAAAAUAUCGGUAGACAAGUGUCCUCUAAAGUGAUCUGGGAUCAUCUCACUACCAUGUAUGACAUGCAAGCUCUGGAUGAGUCUGAAAUAUUGCCUUUUCCCAACUUGGAGAAGAGUUUUGUCCUUCCAGAGGACAUAAUUCAAGACGUGAAAGAAGGUAAACUGGGGCAGGAGGAGGAAACCACAGAGGACGCUGGAGAGGAGGACGCCCUGUGUGCAUCAGCCAGAGAAGGCAGCUCCUCUGACACGGCCGCAGACAGCCCCCCGUCGAAAGAAGAGAAGGACCGAGAGAGGGGUCCGAGCGAGAGCGGCGCGGCGGAGACCGCAGAGAAGAGGAAGAGGAACCGCUCCGUGGAGAAGCUGCUGGGCUCCAACGCUGACCCUUCCAGCCUGAGCGGGGCCAAGCGCCGCAGGAUAUAGCCACCAGAGGGCGCCCGUGAGCCAGCGAGGACUGGGGGCCCCUCUCCUCAGGGUUCUGUGAGGCUGCGAGGGUAGCCUGGGGGAUCGAGGACCUGCAAAGGAUUGUUGGAGAAAGUGAUACUUCAGAAGAAAAUGGACAGGAUUUGUUUUUGAAGGAAACCUUCCAAAGCUUAAAAAAAUGGAAAAUGUUCCAGCCUAGGAUAGGCUGCCUUCUCUCAUGUUCUGUCUUGAGAUGAGAGAUCUUUACCACUUGAAGUUGCUUGGUCUGUUAGCUGUCCAUUUUAAAUAUGGACUUAGCCAAUGAGAAGUAAGUUCCAAGGAAGAAAGUUAUACCGUGAGGGCCUGUAGCUGCAAUGCUAAGGUUGUGCAUUCUCUCUGACGACGACCUCAUCCUCAGUGAAAUCACUAUAAAUCCUUCAGUAAAAUAUGUCAACCUGUCCUGUGCUGAGCGGCAGUGCCCCACGGGUGGGUGUAAUGAAUGGGCAAAUGGACUUGACAUAUGGCUGCUUCUGUCCCUGCCAGUACGCACACUUAAUGCAGAACUCAUUUCUGCAUGAAAAAUAAAGAAAAUGUUUCAAAUCCUGUUGGUUCAGGCUGACUGUUAGCUGUUUCUUGUGUUAGCAGUCUUGGCUUAAUCCAAAUGCCCCAUUGAAGAGAAUUGUACAUGUGUAGUAUACUCAAACUGCACGUGUUGUCAGUGUGCACUUCUUUGUAAUGGUGUGCCUUCCCUGCAGUAAUUCUGACCUGUAGGUGUUUACUGGUUAAUACUGCUUCAUAUGAAUCCUUUUCUUUGUCUGUCUUUGUUUUAUUUGUAUUUUUCUGGCCCAUGUACGAGGCUUUGGGUGAAUGUUUGCAUUGGUACGCUGACAGCAGCAUCUCCCAGCCUUGUUUGGGCAUUCAUGGGAAAUCAAUGAUCUUUCCCACUUCAUUUCACCAAGAGUGACACAGGGGUGCUGUACGAGCUGUGAUAUCUGUAGCUCUCAAUAAGCAUACUCCUUUUCCUCACAAAACCUGUAACAUCAUCUGUUUCAGGUUUCCAGUUGACGCCAAUAUUCUGUCAAAUCCACUCACUGAAUAUAACAAAGGACAUUUCUUUAGCUGUCAGUGUACAUUUCUUUAGUGCGGGAACUUUCCUUUUCUAUUUUUUGCCGGAUUGUUCACUGGUUUCAUUUCAUUUUUUUAAUUUAUUGUGCAUACCAGGUACUGUUUU